AUGAGGAUUCGGGCCCCCCCUCACCUGGGGGCUCACCUGGGGCUGCUCCUGCACCUGUGGGGGCUCUGCGGUGUGCCCCCAGGUGAGGCCCUGCCACCCUCAGGUGCGACCCCGGGACCCUCAGGUGUGACCACAGGUGUGACCCUGCCACCUUCAGGCGCCACCCCGGGACCCUCAGGUGAGCCCCUGGUGUGCCCAGGUGCGACCCCGGAACCCUCAGGUAAGAACCUGCCACCCCCAGGUGAGCCCAUGGCACCCACAGGUGAGCGCCUGGAGUGCCCAGGUGAACCUGUGGCACCCUCAGGUGAAACCCUGGAGUGCCCAGGUGAGCCCCAGGAGGGCCAGGUGCGCCUGGCCGGGGGCCCGCACAGGUGCGCGGGGCGCGUCGAGGUGUUCCACGCGGGCAGGUGGGGCACGGUGUGCGACGACACCUGGGACCUGGCGGCCGCGCGCGUCACCUGCCGCCAGGUGCGCUGCGGCCCCGCCCUCUGGGCGCCGGGGGCGGCGCAGUUCGGGGAGGGGGCGGGGCCCAUCUGGCUGGACGGGCUCAGGUGCAACGGGAGCGAGGCUCACCUGGCCGAGUGCGCCGGGCACACCUGGGGCGAGCACAGGUGCAACCACGCCGAGGACGCCGGCGCCGCGUGCGCAGGUAACCCUCACCUGUCCCAGGUAACCCUGACCCCCUCACCUGUCCCAGGUGACCCUGACCCCUCACCUGUCCCAGACUCGUCGGUGCCGGCCCCGCCCCAGGUGCGCCUCUCAGGUGCGCCCGACAGGUGCGCGGGGCGGGUGGAGGUGCUGCGCGCUCACCUGUGGGGCACCGUCUGCGACGACACCUGGGGGCUGCGGCAGGCCCAGGUGCUCUGCGCUCACCUGGGCUGCGGCCCCGCCCUGGAGGCGCCAGGUGCGGCCAGGUACGGCAGGGGGGCGGGGCCCAUCUGGCUGGAUGACGUCACCUGCACGGGGGAGGAGCUCGACUUCUUCAGGUGCGGCCACCGCGCCUGGGGGGAGCACAACUGCCACCACGGGGAGGACGCAGGUGUGAUCUGCGCAGGUAACUCGAGCUCAGGUGCGGUGCGGCUGGCGGCCGGGCCUCACCUGUGCGCAGGUAGGGUGGAGGUGCUGCACGAGGGGCGCUGGGGCAGCGUCUGCGACCGCGGCUGGGACCUGAGCGACGCCCAGGUGGUGUGCCGCCAGGUGGGCUGUGGGCGGGCCCUGUCGGCGCCGGGCGGGGCGCGGUUCGGGCGGGGCUCUGGCCAGGUGUGGCUGAGCGAUCUCACCUGCGCGGGCAGCGAGCGGCACCUGGGGCAGUGCCCCGCCCCCGCCUGGGGCAGCAGCACCUGCGGGCACGAGCAGGACGCGGCGGUGGAGUGCGCAGGUGAGCACGGACAGGUGCGCCUGGCCGGGGGCCCGCACAGGUGCGCGGGGCGGGUGGAGCUGCUGCACCUGGGCAGGUGGGGCUCGGUGUGCGGCCGCACCUGGGACCUGGCGGCCGCACAAGUCACCUGCCGCCAGGUGCGCUGCGGCCCCGCCCUGGCCGCACCUGGGCGCGCGCGCUUCGGGCCGGGUGAGGGCCCCGUGUGGCUGGGCCAGGUGCGCUGCACAGGUGAGGAGCUCACCUUGGACAGGUGCGAGAGGCGGCCCUGGGGGGAGAGCGGUGGCUGCGGGCACGAGGAGGACGCAGCGGCCGUGUGCGCAGGUGCGGAUCCCCCCCAGGUGCGGCUGCGGGGCGGGGCCGGGCCCUGCUCGGGGCAGGUGCAGGUGCUGCUGAACCGCACCUGGCUGCAGGUGUGCGGCCUCACCUGGGGGCUGCCCGAGGCGCAGGUGCUGUGCCGGCAGCUGGGCUGCGGCCCCGCCCUCAGCGCACCUGCGGGGCCUCACCUGGCCGGGCAGGAGCCUCACCUGGCCCAGGUGGGGCAGCUUUACCUGGCCGGGCUCACCUGUGACGGAUCCGAGGCGCACCUGGCGGACUGUCUGCAGGAGGGGGCGGGGCCGAGCACCUGCGCAGGUGGGGCGGCCGAGGUCAGGUGUGAGAUGCCCAAAGGUGCGGCCCCCACCUGCUCGUACCUGGUGGCGCUGCUGGUGCUGCUGAUGUCACUGGGCGGGGCCCUGCUCUGGCUCACCUUGCGGGCCAGGUGUGUCCCAGGUGUGAAUUUUGGGUCUCUCCCCUCCCCUCACCCGCCACACCUGCCCCCUGAUUCCGCCCCCGGAGCUCCAGGUGAGACCGGCGAUGACGUCAUCAAUUAA